GAGGAAAAAAAGAAAAGAAAAGAAAAGAAGAGAGUUCACUUCAACUCCCAACGGCCCCAGUGGCCCAAUACUUCAACCACACUUUGCUUCUUUCAAUAGUGACUUCAACCCAUGUUUUUCGUCAAACUCUCCAUUAAUUACCACCUACAACUUCCGAACUUCCUACUCUCUCGUCCCCACCCCCUCUACCGCAUCAUCUUCUUAUACCUUGUGCAAAAACAUUCUUAAUCUGAUUUUUUGCUAAAAAAAUGGCUUCUUCAAAUUCUGCUCUAAUUCUCACCCUAUUCAUAGUCUUCAUCAUUACUGUCUUACAACCUCCUCUUGCCACCACUGAACCUGAUUUUUUGUCUCCUCUUCUCGCACCCGUUAUUGGUAAUUUUUGCCAUAGAGUGGGAUGUGGAAAGGGCAAAUGCAAGAUGUCUGAAGAUAAUGAUUUCCAGUAUGAAUGUGAAUGUGAUCCUGGUUGGAGGCAAACACUUUCUUCCAAUUCAUCUGAUUUCAAGUUCCUCCCUUGCGUCAUCCCCAACUGCACUUUAAAUUCUUCUUGCUCAGAAGAUGCUCCUUCACCUCAGUCGCCGGAAACGAUGCCAUCAAAUACAUCAAUCUUUGAACCUUGCCGAUGGGCUAACUGCGGUGGAGGUUUGUGCAACAAAACAACGGAGUUCACAUAUAAAUGUCAAUGCAAAGACGGAUACAACAAUCUCUUCAAUAAUACCGACUUUCCCUGUUUCAAAGAAUGUUCAAUUGGUGGGGAUUGUCCAAAUCUUGGACUUUCAGUGGCUAAUAGAUCGACGACUCCAACUCCUAGUGUAGCUGAUAGCAGAGGCAACAAUCAAGCAUGCUCGCACAAACACGACUUCUUGUCCCAUGGAUUGAUGUUACUGGCAGUUUCCGUUGCUGCUCUUGUUCUCUAAGUUUUGGAUACAUAUUUCAGCUGGUUUAGAAUAACGCCCACGUUACAGAAAUAGAAGAGAUAUUUAUUGAACAUGAGAUUGUACUUUAGGACUUAAUUUUUUUGGAAUAUAUACUGUUAAUAUAGCUUGAACAAAUGCUUCGUCACUUUUGCCAGCACUGCGGAAUCUUCAUGCUUAUAUGUGUAAGCUAGAGUAUUAUUUUUUUUGAGGUAAUGCAUAAUUUGUUACUGAUUGUUUGUUUGGUA